AUGGAGCGACACGAGAAACGGGAUCUCGAAGCUGGAGGACCCGGACAGGGGACGUUGAAGACGCGAAAGAGGACUAGAAGAGCUGAGGAUGGUUCGAUUAUUGUGCGUCCUUCACAGCGAGAGUUGAGAACAGCCGCUGCAGCGAAAUCUUCGAUCUCGGUCAAUGGUUCCAGUCAGAUACCGGACUUACGAGAUGAGGAAGAGUACUUUGAUGAUGGUGUCCCAUUGUCCCCACCUGGCUCAGGCACUGGUCCAACGUCAAUCUCAAUGGAUGAUACAGAUCCUUUCCUGGCCUCGUUGGUUCCAGCUGGUUCUUUUGAGCAGCAUUUUGAGCCAAUGGCUGGACAAUUUGAUGCAGCAGAUGGGUCUUUUGGUGUGGAGUUGGACGGGAUUGGCGAUUACUUUGGAAUGGACACCGCGACGGAUUUCAAUCUUCCAUUUGCAGCCAUAUCCAAUUACAACUGGCUCUUCGACGUUUCCUCGCUGGACGAUGCUUUUCAUCAAUUCAAUCUCCCUCUCGGAUUCGAUGCAGUCCCGAUUUUAGAAAGACUCGAUUCCCAUCCCACAGAAUUAAUAGAUAAAUACGAUGGCCCAUCGGCCUUGCUCAUGGCAUCAAUCAUGGAUAGAGGCGAAGCAUUAGGGGAAACUAACUCCUCUGCAUUACCCAGUUUCCCAGACCUGGACUGGAUGUCUGGUGCGACGACACUAGAUCCGAAUCCUCCAACGAAUCUACCGAGAAUAUCCGAGGAGGCGAGAAGGCAGAUUCUGGCAAUCGUGUCACAGGCACAUCCAACAAGCAUCGAUGGACAUCCCACGGUACUGGAUUCGCCGCUUCUGACACUCCCUGCUCUCCAGGCUUAUUGCGACAUGUUCUUCGGUCGUUUCAACACGGCAUACCCUCUGAUCCACCAGUGUACCUUCAACCCGAAUAAGGCGCCCCCGGUGUUCCUCGCCUCGAUUCUAUUCAUGGGUGCAACAUACAGCACGCGCGAGGCCCACCAACUGGCAGUGGAAGUCCACGAUGUUCUGCGAAGCCAGCUGCUCUGUCAUUCGGAUUUCUCACCGCAAGCUGACCUGUGGGUCUUACAGACCAUGCUUCUGAUCGAUUGUUUUGGCAAGAUGAGAGCAGGCCCCAAACAACGCGAGCGCGCGCAGCUAUUUCACUGCGUCUUGAUCAAAAUGAUCAGGCGCAGCAACUGCUGUGGCAUACGCGACUUGUCGGGCGUGAAUCAAUCAGGGGAUCUGGAUCAAAUGUGGCGACGGGCUAUGGAGGAAGAGCAACGUAAGAGGGUCGCUAUACAUUGCUUCAUGUGGGAUACACAGCAUGCCGUGCUAUUCUCGCAGUCACUGUGUAUGUCUGCGUUUGAGAUUAGAUCUGCCUUGCCCUGUGGUUCUGCAGCCUGGGAUGCAUCCUCUGCACGAGAGUGGUCACAGCACGCCUUUCGGGAAGAGAACCGACCAUUCCUUACGGUUUUGAAAGGAUACAUCACGCCGGCAGCUGUUGCGCGACCGCGAGAUCUGAAUGUCUUUUCCCGGAUCGUUGUGCUGCACGGGUUGAUGUCUGUAUCUGCGGAUUUGAAACGUCGCGAUCAAACAACCCUACGGUCGGAGACCCCCGAGCGUGUCGGGGCUUGGACGCCGCGCAUGGGUCGGUCCUAUGAUUUGUGGAAAGUAGACUUCGAUGCCGAUUGUCUUGCUAUAAAACUCGCUCGGACUGCCAGUCCUCGACAGUUUACAGGGCUCAAGAUCUCCGGGUAUGCUCUUUACCAUGCAGCGUAUCUCGCGUUGAAUAUCGAGGUCCUCGAUUUGCAGAUUGUCGCCGGGGCCAGUCAGAUCCUUGGACGUACCGUCACUGAAGCUGAUCAGGCACGGUCGCUGCGGAAUAUCACCAGAUGGCUACAGGAGGAAUCCGGGCCAGCCUGUACAACUGCACAACAAGCGGCAUCGUUACUCCAAGACGCGGUGUUGAGUCUUCAUGACUGGGAUCAGGCAGAUUCCUUCCAUUUCCCCUGGUGUUUGUAUCUUUGCACACUGGCCUGUUGGGUUUUCCAUCGUGGACCGAAUCUCACCUCUGAUGAGAACCGGAUCAACACCGAUCUAUCUUCAUUGAUCGUGAUGUUAACCAAUUCUCCCAGCUUACCCGAGCUAGCGGUUUUAUCGGGCAAAUACUGUCCUCGCCCUUUGGCAGCGGCAAUGGCUAAACAACUAGCGACAGUCCGAUGGGCCGUUGUUCACGAUGCUAUGAAAGUUUUGAUGAGGUUGUCAUCAUAG